AACGAGAAGAUUGAGGUUCAGCGGCAAGCUGAGAAAGACUCGGGAGACCUCCACAAGCAAGUGAAAGUGCUGGAGGUGGAACUUGAGGAACAGGUCAGCCGUAACAUGGAGAUGGAACAAGAAAAGAACGCCAUUCUGGAAGACCUGCGCCAGAAGAACUUUUCCCUGGAGAAGCAGCUGGAGAAGACCCGCAGGUUCUUAGAUGUAAGUGGUGAAGCAGGGGAGAUGUCAAGGGGUUGCUUUUUGCUCAGAGUUCUCAUUAAGGAACAGGCAGUUGAUCGGGAACAUGAACGAGAUGUGUUUCAGCAGGAAAUUCAAAAGCUUGAGCAGCAGCUGAAGAUGCCACAAAGACAUCAACCUGUUAACGACCAUCAGAGUAAUGAGGUGGAGAAGCUGGAGGGUCACCUGAAAGAGAAGACAGACAAGUGCAGUGAACUCUUGUUGUGUAAAGAGCAGCUCCAGCGUGAUGUUCAGGAGAGAAAUGAGGAGAUCGAGAAGCUUGAGUGCCGGAUACGAGAGCUGGAGCAGGCUCUACUGAUCAGUGCCGACACUCUGCAAAAGGUGGAGGACAGAAGACCGUCUUUUGCUGGGGCAAAAGGAGAAAUGCCUCUUGAAGCUCAGCUCCAGGUAGAGAGAGAGGCCAUAGACCGAAAAGAGAAGGAGGUCACCAACCUGGUGGAACAGUUAGAGCAGUUCAGGGAAGAGCUGGAGAAUAAAAAUGAGGAGGUACAGCAGCUGCACAUGCAGCUGGAGAUCCAGAGGAAGGAGUCCGCCACCCGUCUGCAAGAACUGGAACAAGAAAAUAAAGUUUUAAAAAUCUGUUCUGCUUUCUCUAAGGAUGAGCUUGAAAUGACACCACCUGAGGAGACUUCGUCAGCUGCCUUUAGACAAGGAAAAAUGGAUGAUCUGUUACUCUCUAAAGACCAGGAAAUCUUGCUUCUUGGUGAACAGAUUAGAAAACUGCAAGCACAGCUUGAAGCUGCCACUGACAACAAGAUGAUUGAAGAAAAUAAUGAAAAAAUUAAGCAAUAUAAGAGCCAAAUUAAGUGUUUGAAAAGCGAUCAGGAACGUCUGAAAAAGAACAGUGAGGAAGAGAUAGAAAAACUAAAUGAAGUUAUAGAGAAACUUCAAGAGGAAUUAUCUCUUAUAGAGCCAAAAGUAACUGUGAGCUUUACUAGCAUGGCUGAGAAACAACUAGAAGAAGCACAACAGAGGACCUCUUUAAGUGCUGUACAAGAAUGCAAAUCUAAAAAGCUAGAGUUGACAGAUCAAAUGAAUGGUGGUGAAGUGACCUUUAUUAAGACAUUAGAUGCCAAAGCUGACAAUGAGUAUGAGGAACAGUUUGGACAACUGUAUAGUACUCGGGAAAAGAUGAACACUCUAGACACUAGUAAAAGAAUGUCUGAUGGCGAUGUGACAGCUGUUAUGGAGAACAAAGACCAAUGUGAUUGGAUGAUAGAAGCUUUGAGAGACCAGAACACACAACUCCUCUCAAACCAGUCUUUAUUUACAUCGGUGCAGGAGACCAUGCAAAGUACAAUAGACAGCUUAGAGACUCAGCUGGAGGAACUCCAGAAAGUUGUAAAAGAAAAAGACAUGGAGAUAUUGUUGUAUUUAGAAGAAAUGGAAACACUCAAGGAGCAAGUGAAGGUCAAAACUGAUGAAUAUGAUCAGAUAAUGUUGGCCAUGGAGGACUCGCUCAGGGAAAAAGUGGCUGCUGCUCUUGUAAGCGAAGCCCAACUCAAAGCCAUUCAGUUACACACCAAACAUAUGCAUGCAGAUGACAGAUCUUCUGCUGUGAUGGAAGAGUCCAAACUAUUGAAGUCUUAUGGUCCUAACCUCUCUCAAGAAGGGGAGUCUGAGUCAAAGUCAGUUGUCCUCAACCUACAACUUCUAGAACUAGAGAAGCAGCUGACUGAUCUCCAUGAACAGCUUCAGGUAGAAAGAGAUCAGGUUAUCUUCACUAACCAACUAGCUGCUGAAAAGGAAAAGCAAGUGGUUGAACUGCAGCAACUCUUGAAGAACCGAAAGGAGAAACAAAGCAUCACGUGGGCAGCAACUGAAACCAGAGAUGUUGCUCUGUUACAGUCCAGUGAAAAUACAAUCACUGACCUGGAACACCAGCUUCAUACACUUGCUGAAGAGGCAAUAGCUACCAAAGACGAACUGUGCCAUUACAGGGAGAUGUCAGAGAAAUUAAAAGAGGAACUGAUGGUAAAAGAUUCUAGCUUAGUCCAUCUGGAAGAAGACCUCAGAGAAGUAAAGAAAUGUCUCUCCAAUGCAGAGGAGAAGUUGGCAUUUUACAUGAAGCGAGAAAUUCAGGAAGAGGAGCUCCAAAGCAUGUCAGAUAUUGAUUUACCAUGUGUGCAGAGCCCGGACUGGACUACACUGGACAGAACCACCUCCUCCUCACAGACUGACAGAAUCCCAAGUGUUAACAACAGCAACCAGACCUCUCAUAUCCCAAGGAAGCAUGUUGGGGUCCAGAAUGACCUGGAGACUGGGCAACUGAGCAGUUCCUCUGAUGAGGUUGCAGAAAUAAUGGAGCAGUACACGGAGAAGAUCAGCCAAAUGCAGGAACUCCAUGCUGCCGAGAUCCUGGAUAUGGAGUCCAGACAUAUUUCAGAAGCAGACUCUCUAAGGAGAGAACAGUACACCGUUGUUCAGGCUCUUACAGAUGAGUGUGACGCUUUGAAAGCUGUUAUUGAAGCCCUGAAAUCUCCUGUAAGAUUUUUCCUUAUGUCUACAAAAUGGUUAAAUUACUUUAAAAUGCACAUAUUGCCAAAAGUUGUGAAAAUACAUUUUAUGCCAAUGUUUGUCUAUGGAGAUUGCUUGGCCUCGUGCUUGAUUUUAAGUACCGGUUUACCAUGGGUGAGGCUGAAACGCCUGAUUUCAAUAAGUUUGGUGGCGUGUGUACACCUACUUUUACCCUAA